AUUAAUAAGAAGACUGAAAACACGCUUAUGUUUUGAUGAGAUUGACCGAUGGCAAUCGUUGACGGUAGACAUUCGCCGGACGGCGGCAGCGGCAGCGGUAAAGUUUGGGGAUUAUUUAAGCUACCGUUUCGGAGCACAAAUAUUAGUACUACGCAUACAACUUCAUCGUCUUCUUCCUACCAAAUUGAAGGAUCCAACCCUCACAACAACAACAACAACAAUAACUAUAGCUCCAGCUCCACCGCCUCCGUUUCAUCGGUGGCUAGAUCUUUGCUUCCAACACGGCGUCGCCUUCGACUUGAUCCGAGAAAUAAGCUCUAUUUUCCCUAUGAACCUGGCAAGCAAGUCCAAAGUGCUAUUAAGAUAAAGAACACCAGCAAGUCUCAUGUAGCUUUUAAGUUUCAAACAACUGCGCCAAAAAGCUGUUUCAUGCGUCCUCCCGGUGCUAUUCUUGCUCCUGGCGAGAGUAUUAUUGCAACUGUUUUUAAAUUUGUGGAGCUUCCAGAGAACAAUGAAAAACCAAUGGAUCAAAAGAGAAAGGUUAAAUUCAAAAUCAUGAGUUUGAAAGUGAAAGGGAUUAUGGAUUAUGUACCUGAGCUAUUUGACGAGCAGAAAGAUCAAGUGGCGGUGGAACAGAUAUUACAAGUUGUGUUUCUAGAUGUGGAGCGUCCUAGCCCCGCCCUGGAAAAAUUGAAGCGACAAUUAGUGGAGGCUGAGGCUGCUCUCGAAUCCCGCAAGAAACCACCCGAAGAAAUCGGGACAAAAAUUGUCGGUGAAGGCCUUGUCAUAGACGAAUGGAAAGAGAGAAGAGAGAGAUACCUGGCCCGACAGCAAGUGGAAGGCGUAGACUCGGUUUAAUAACAAAAGAUUCAUUCUUUCUUGAAUCAUAAAACCGUUCAUUUUGUAUCAUUUGGUUCCUGUGAUGGUGUUAUAUAAGAAAAUUAAGAGUUGGACAGAUGACAAUUGAUGUUUACGUUGUAAAAAGCUUUGGUGUUAUAUACUAGGCUCGUGUGGUUUGGUAGA